GCAGAGCAGCCCAAUAACAGUGAGAGAAGACACAUCAUCUCCGCGAAUCGCCUGCACGAAUAUCUCGUUCUCCGCCGCUGUUACCCGUCCAGCGUGGAGAACUGAUUCCUGAGAAACGUCGAUAGCUCAACAGAUAGUGGGAACUCGAUAACAGCGUCGAUUUGUCAUCAAUGUGAUCUCUCCACGAAGCAAUGUUGUUGUCGAGAGCAGUAGCCGCUGUUGAGCUUCGAACUCUGUACUGGAAAGAUUCGGGUGUUUCCUCUGCGGGCUUGCCAGACGUGUCAAUCAUACACUGUUGCUGAUGGCGGUCGGAUCGUAGUCAGCGAUCCGAUAUGCGAUGGUAACAAGCUUGGAAAUAAGCCACAUCCACUAAGGCUACAAACUGGACUUCCUCUAUCUGGAGCACUUCGGGGACAUGGAGGUGAUCCGUGAGUGGCUCCCUCCGGUGUCGGCGGGCAACACCGUCAUUUCACAUGGUGCCGCGGUAUUCAUGAUGUUUGGAGGAGUUGUUCCUUAUAUUCCGCAAUAUCGGGAAAUUCUACGAACCAAAAAUGCGGAUGGGUUCUCCACUUUCGUUUGUUUAGCCCUCUUAGUGGCGAAUAUCCUCCGAAUAUUGUUCUGGCUCUGCAAGCGCUUCGAGCUGCCGUUGUUGUACCAAUCAAUUAUCAUGACUACCGCGAUGUUCCUCAUGAUGAGGCUUUGUAUUCGGGUGAGGCGUGUGCAACUCAUAACCACGGUGCCGGUCCCGAGGAAAAAAACCCUCCACGAUCUGGAAUGGCGACAUUUCUGGCAGUGGACAGAUUUUAGGAGUUAUCUCGAAUGUUCCAUAUUGUUCACUGUUUUCGUUGGGGGCAUCGUAUACCUCUUCAAGGAUGUUCCGAUAUUCGUUGAGAUUAUAGGAUUGGUGGCGGUUCUCACCGAAGCACUGCUCGGCAUUCCACAGUUCUAUAGGAACUUUCAAAACAAGUCAACGGCGGGAAUGAGCACUUCGAUGGUGCUGUUGUGGCUUUUCGGCGACGUAUACAAGACGGGAUAUUUCAUCAUCAAGCAAGUACCAGCUCAGUUCGUUCUCUGCGGUCUACUCCAGGUCACCAUCGACUUGGCGGUAUUAUCUCAACUUUUGUUGUAUCGGAACCGAAAGCCCCGCAAGGCCUCGAAGGUUCUGCAUGGUGUUUUGAAGAACAACCCUCAUUCGAGCUAACAAAUAACUGAGGCAACCAUCAGUUAGCCUACGGUGGCCCCCCCGACUAAGACGUACAAUACGCCGGUUGACUCCCCUACCAGCUCUUCGAAGGGAGAAUUCCCUACAGGACCCGUUGGGAGCAUGAUAGCCGUUCUUGGUCUCGGUUCUCUGGGAAGCAUGGGUCAAACAGACGGACGAGAUGCCGACGGAUUCGUGGAUCCUGGAUAUCAGUAUAAUCAGCAGAGGCUGGACGAUGAAGACAUACAUUUCGAAAUAGGCAGUGGUCCAUUGAAGCGGGGCUUCAGCGAUACGAUAUACGAUUUCGAUGGACCGCCUCAAAUAUUUAUCCAAUCGCCUCCUGUCGGCUCCCCGCAUCUCUUGCACGAUGCUCCGUUAGCCAAAGAGGAAACUUUCUCCAACCUGGAAUUAUCGGAUGAAUGGGAAGAGAACAAAGUUUUUGAUCGUGGAGAGUCUCUCGCGGAUCAAAUGAGCUCCUGACCGUGGACGAAGAUGCUAUUUGCUUGAAGUUCGUGCAAGCGAUUCAUCUCGUCCUCACCUAGUCAUCUCGAGGUGUAUCCACCGAUCCAGAGAAUUCGGAUGAAUUGUGCUCGUUGUCUCGAAACUCAUCCGAAAGACCAGAAGAACCCAGACCAAGUCCAUCACAAUAAUCCCGUACGUCAUCCUAGUCCGCGGUCAAUCGAAGGUUACUGAAUGGAGGCUCGGUGCCGGGUUUUCGUAUCACGGGUCAGAACCGGUUCCUCAGUCAGCACACAAUCCGUGAAGGGCACGAUCCCUUCCGAGGGAUGGACCCAUGAGCGUAUCGCUCAUGAUCGCGCGGAAGGGCGACUAGGUAUGAUCAGCAGUUUCGCGUUCGCGGUCGUCGGUCUUUUCUUCCUCUGAACCAAGGAGUCACUGCUUGCAAACCCGCUUGAUGCAGUACGCCAUUCUGUGAUAAACCUAGGAUUUUCCAUAGGAAGGAUGAGCAGAUCGACAGACUCAGGGAGACGUCUCCCUGAACUAUCGAAAGGCAUGAAGACUGCCAGCGUAAUUUACAUUAUUUUAUUCUCUUGCGAUCGUUUUCAAGCCUCAUCCGUUUCUUCUUUGUCGUCGGGAGCCUUGGCGACCGAAAAAUUCGCGAAAUUCCACGUGACGCGGAGGGAAUCGAGCGAGACCAUCUCGCGCAAGUAUAGCGCUUCGCAUUAUGUUUCUGACACCUCAUGAUCGAGGGGAUUGGACUUCUUUAUUUUGUUCGGCCAUCCAUUCCUCCCAGCUCUAUUUUCGCCGUUUUUCGAGGUGUCGCUGGUUAGGGCAUGCAACGAAUCACACCUUUUUAGUGAGAAUCGUCAGAUGUUACAAUUGUUCUGAGUCGGUGCGUAGUCUCGACACCGAACUCGCUCUGCACUGUCAAUGAGUUAAGAUGUAAGCGAUCGAAUCCCGAUCAACAGCGAGCUGCCCUUUAGAGGCAGUGAAUGAAGAUUGUACAGCGAGUAGGUAACUACCAAUAUCGGGGAGAAAGCUUGUCGAGUGUAAGUUCUGGGAACCGAUUGUUUCGGCGCGCGAUUCCGUGAUUGCCAAUAUCACUUGUGUCCGCUCCACGCUCGAGACAUCGGGCAAUCAUUAGGAUGUAUCUCGGAUCCUCCUUGGACUCAAAUCCAGUAAUCCCCAACCACAACCACAGUUUUUGGUGUGAGCUGCUUGAAUGAGUUGUCAAAAUUCAG